AGCGAGAGGAGAGAGGAGCCCGAGGCGAAAAAGUAGCUGUCAAAUGCGCGGCUCCUUUAACCAGAGCGAUCAGUCCGGCUCGGAGAGUCAUGGCGACCACAGCGUCUAACCACUACAGCCUGCUCACCUCCAGCUCCUCCAUGGUGCAUGCGGAGCCGCCGGGGAGCAUGCAGCCGGGCGCCGGCUACAGGGAUGCACAGACGCUGGUGCAGGCGGACUACACGCUGCAGAGCAACGGGCACCCGCUCAGCCACGCUCACCAGUGGAUCACGGCGCUGUCCCACGGCGGGGGAGGCGGCGGCGGCGGGGACUCGCCCUGGUCCACCAGCCCCCUGGGCCAGCAGGACAUCAAGCCCUCGGUGGUGCAGUCCGGGGGCCGAGGGGACGAGCUACAGCAGCACCAGCAGCAGCAGCACCAGCAACAGCAGCAGGGGAGACCGCCCCACCUGGUGCACCACGCCGGCAGCCACCACGCCGCCGCCGGGGCAUGGAGGACGGGCGCCUCGGCUCACCUGCCGCCCAGCAUGGCCUCCUCCAACGGGGGGCAAGCGGGGCUGCUCUACUCCCAGCCGCCGGGCUUCACGGUCAACGGGAUGCUGAGCUCCGGCCAGCCGGGCUUGCACCACCACGGCCUGAGGGAUGCCCACGAUGAGCAGCAGCAGCCGCAGCACCACGGCGGGGAGCACCCCGGGGGGCACCCGCAGCAGCACCCUCCGCACCAGCAGCAGCAGCACCCCGGGGGCGGCGGCGGGGGCCACCACGACCCCCACUCGGACGAGGACACGCCGACCUCGGACGACCUGGAGCAGUUCGCCAAGCAGUUCAAGCAGCGCCGGAUCAAACUGGGAUUUACCCAAGCGGACGUGGGCUUGGCCCUGGGCACCCUGUACGGGAACGUCUUCUCGCAGACCACCAUCUGCAGGUUCGAGGCCCUGCAGCUGAGCUUCAAGAACAUGUGCAAGCUGAAGCCUUUGUUGAACAAGUGGUUGGAGGAGGCGGACUCGUCCUCGGGCAGCCCUACCAGCAUAGACAAGAUCGCAGCCCAGGGGCGCAAGAGGAAAAAGCGCACCUCCAUCGAGGUGAGCGUCAAGGGCGCCCUGGAGAGCCACUUCCUCAAGUGCCCCAAGCCCUCUGCCCAGGAGAUCACCUCGCUGGCGGACAGCCUACAGCUGGAGAAAGAGGUGGUGCGAGUGUGGUUUUGUAACAGGAGACAGAAAGAGAAACGCAUGACUCCCCCGGGCGGGACUCUGCCCGGAGCCGAGGAUGUAUAUGGGGCAAGUAGGGACACUCCACCACACCACGGGGUGCAGACGCCUGUGCAGUGAACUCACAUGGGGGUUGGCGGGGGGGAAUUGUCCCCCCCCAUUCCCACUCCUCCAACUUUUGAUUGUUUUUUUUUUUGCUUUUUUUAACGUUUUCUCCUAUCUUAAAAAACAGAACAACAACACACACACAAAAACCUGCACUGGACUAUCCCCUAAACGGUAGCAGGUGAAAUGAUGUGUUUUGAUCUUUACAGGCGAGUGCCCAUGCAAUGGAGUGGAGUGAGUAUCACACACAAACAGACACGAGACAGGCAGAUACACGCACAGUGUCAGGCACUGAGAGAAAAUUUUACAAAAAAACCCUCUAUGAAUUACGAAACAAGAGUGGAAUCGACUCUGAGCCCUGCUAAACACAAAGGCAGCUUUAAUCUUGGAAUGAUGCUCAGUAUAGGCACAUGCUGCUGUGUUUAUUUGAUGUGGCUCCCCAUUAGGAAUAAAAAAUAAAUCCCUUUUGAUGUAGACAGUAUUUAACCGUUUGAAUUUGCACUGCAAGAAAAUUGAAGUUUACAUUAACAAAUACAUUUUUUCCUACCUUGAUUUUGCAAAUGACUUGCAUUUCCCACGGUGAGCGUUAGGCAACCAUUGACCGACCAGUCUACAAAAUGUUACUGUGUUAUAGCCCUUGCUUUCUUAAUGUGUAUAUGUGAACUUUUGUUAUAAACAAGUCUUCUUACAUAUGUGUAAUGUUUAUUUUCUCCUUUUACCAUAGCAAAUAUAUAUAAACACAAACAACUUCCACUUUCAAGAGAUCUGACUCUCACAAACGCUUAAGACGUGCCUUCGGAGGCAAGAGUCCAGUCUGGAAGAGAAUAAUGAAAACCAAUAACGUAAACUUCAUUUUCAGGCAGUGUUUCGGGGUUGGGGACAGUAAAAGAAAAAAUGAAUAGAGACUAAUUGCUUCAUUUUAGGGAGGAAGACCCGUUGUGAAAGUACUCGGAGGAAAUGUUGUGGAGGUUAAAUGUAUGUCCAGAGUUUUCCAACAGAAAGAAAGUGAUACUUUGAAGAAAACCGGGGGGAGGGGAUAUUUAACUUCAGACACCCCAUAUGUAAAGUUCUCUGUGUGCUUUUAGUAUUCCUAAUUACAUCGCACUGGAGUAUAUGUGUUGAUGUCAGCCUCUAAACUUGGUUUUAUUGAGCGGUUUCAACAAAAAGAUACAAACAGAAAGAACGGAGAACUUGCAUAUAUAUACGUAACACAUAGCACACUGCAUAUCUCUAGUGCAUUUUAUUGUUGCUUUACUUUCCAUAUUUAUUUUUCUGCUCAUAUAUAAAAACCCCACGCCCUUUGCUCAACUCGCUGCUCCAUUCAUUGCACGGGAGGACUAGUUUAAGUUGGGCAGCCUUGUCUCUUUCACUGGGGGGGGGACCAAAUGGAGUGGGGAAAUGCCAUUUUCAAUUCAUCUUUUCUCCCCAUCGUUGAUAGCUUUAAAGUGCAUUUCUUGACAUUAGCUCGACGGGAAACGGUUAACUUUCCAAAAACACAAACACAAAAGGCUAUGGAGAGGAGUACAGAAGAGAAAACUUGAAACAGUGGCUGUGUAUGAGAUGGCGGGGGGGGGGAGGCUUUAAACUGUGCUAAAUACAAAUUCACACAUGAACUAUGUAAUCAGCACAAAAGGCUGCUGUCAUAGAAAAAAAAGCUUUUUCAUAAUCUGAAAAGUUUGCUUAGCUGAGUGUUUGGCAAUUAUGGAGAAAAACGUGAAACGUUCUCUCGAUCAGCUCAACAGUGAAUUCAGUAGGUAGGGCUUUAGAAUAUGUUUCUCAUUGUCUUUUUAAGCGCCUGUCAUAUUUGGUUGUCUCUUAUGUUCUUGGUGAGCAAAUGGCGAGUUCUAUUAGGCAUAUUUAUUUGCCUUUAUUCUGUUUUAUUCCAACGAUUGUCAUAAUGAUACAGGCACUGAGCUUUUUUUUUUUUUUUUUUGGAUGUAUUCUGCUGCUUGCUAUUUAGAGUGCUGAGGACUCGCUCCCAGUGAAAGAUUCAGAUCAGGGCAGAUCCAGUGGUAAAGGGAGGAAAUGAACUUUCAGACACAUUAAUAUGUGGGUAAGGUCAGAAAAACAGAGUUCAGAGGAUGUUUGUGAAAAAGCCUCUAACUCUAAAUAGGUUUACUUAAAAUAAUAAUAAUAAAAAAGUUACCACGCAAACCUUACCACUAUGUAUAUAUGUUUAAUAUUUGUCUUUUGAAUGCAGAAAUAGUUUAAAUGUUUUCUUUGUCUAUUUUUCUUUGUUUCUUUUUUUUUAAAUGCUACCCAGGGAAAUAUUUUCAUAUUUUUAAGUGGCCUGCCUCAAUGUAUAUUUAUUUCUUUUAAAGCAAACAGGUUCUGGAAACUGUUUUUCUGUAGCUUUAAAUGAGUAGGUAAACAAAAUCUAUAUGGGAUGUAAUUUUUUUAACUAUUAUUUUGUUUCCGUCUCUAAAAAUACUUUGUUUUGGUACAUUUGGAUGUGCUUGUGGGGAAAAAUAAAAACGCAGAGAUCCUUAUAUAUUUAUGUUAAAGUAAUAUUUUAUUACCUACAUAAAACAGAAAUGCACAAUACUUUCAUAGUUUGUUCUACUUAUUGAAAUAUCUGUAAUUUGUUUUAAAAGAUAGCAUUGAUUUGCAUAGUUCUUAAAAUCUGAAGGGAGGCGAACACUCUAGUAUCUAUACUGAGUUGUACUUCCUUUGUACUUAAUGGGAUUUUGGAGUAAGUGUUAUGGAUAUAUCGACAGGUCCUCCGUUUAUAACGUCGAGAGUCUUUUAGGUUAGCACAAGAGGCUUUUUUCAGUUUGUCUUGCCAAAUCUAACCGCGGCAGUAUAUUUUUAAGCAUUGAAUCCCAUGAUUGUUGGAGUGUCCUUCUUUUGAUGCUUCUCUAAAGAGCUCUGCUUUCGAAGCCAGUAGUCCCGUUCUCGUUGAAAGCAUGUGGGAGAGGUGGCGAAUAUUUACUCCUCUCUAGUCAGCUCUUAAUUUAAGAGCAAAGGCGGAGCUUAAUUAUAAGGAGUCCUGUUAAAAACAGCUAGAUUUAAAGAAAAGAGCUGUCCAGUGACUUCCGGGGGGCUGCACACGCCGAGAACGCCCAGUGUUGACAUGUA